AUGGCCCCCAAACGGCGCAGAAUAGGAUGUACCAAUUGCCGCAAUCGCCGCGUCAAGUGUGACGAGUCCAAGCCAGUGUGUGGCCGUUGUCGCAGCAGAAACUUAGAAUGCAAUCCUCCUGAAUUCAUUGUCCACGAUAGACGGUCAACAAGACCAAGAGGCACGAGACAGCGCCAAAGCAAUGAUUCAGGCACACCAUUGCCCAUUUUGCCUUCAACCCCAGAGUCUACGUAUGAUGUAUUUCGCCAAAUACAAUAUGCACAAUUGCCAGAUCCAGAGGCAGCUCUACCGUCAAUCGAACCACAACUACCGAUUAUGACAGACGAGGUCAUGGAUCUCGUCCUCAAAUACCAAUCUGGUAUUGGUGCUUGGAUGGAUGUCCUUGAUCACUCGUCCAACUAUCGGCGGCAAGUCACUAGGCGUGCGGCUUCGUCUGCGCUUCUCAUGUAUUCCAUCUGUGCCUUGUCUGCGAAACAGAUGAGUCUGGUUGCAGAGCACUCCGUCUGGGAGCCGGUAGCCGGCCGCUUUUAUGGACAGAGUUUGAGAUUACUCAUUCAUGACUUGAACCAGCUUGAUGCAAGGUAUGAUGAGGUUUUUGUCGCAACCAUUCUUCUCUGCAGCUAUGAGCUGCUGGCGAUCCCAGGCCCAGACUACAGAAAGCAUCUUGAGGGCGUAAGUUCUCUUCUUCGGUCUCACUUGUCUUCCAUCACUACGGAUCUUGACAAAGCGAGUUUCUGGAUCUAUGCACGACAUGACGUUGCAAUGGCUCUCAUCAACUAUUGCCCUACACUGGUUGCAGCUAGCGAAUGGCCAGAUGCCAUGACUGGGAGCAAUUUGGAAGAAGACGCUAUUGGUAAUCAGAUCCUUUGGUUACUUGCAAAAGUCAUUGAGCUGCGUUUUGCGCCGCCCGACAGCACAAUUCCAAAGGCUUGUCACGAGAAUCUUCGAGAAAUCGGCACAGAGAUAGACAAGUGGUGGGACGGCCUUCCAUCAACAUCACGCGGGCUAUCAUCUGGCGAAGUAUCUGAAGAUGGCCUUUCCCAACUGUGGUUUUGCGUUCAGUCUGCAGCGGCGGGCUUGCUUUAUUUUCACAUGGCACAGAUUUUGCUACUGGAAGAGUCUAUCCAACCUCAAGAUCCAAAUUUAUUGGAAGACCGACAUGAGCACGAAAGUUGUAUAGAGCAGUUGCAUCACCACUCUCGGGGCAUUGCGUCAAUCUGCUUCUCGCCAGGUGUGCGAGAUGGCGUAUUAGUCGUUGCAGUCAACCCGCUGUACUAUGGUAAGCAAAAAUUCCUGGCGAACGAAAGAGUAUGGCUAACCGAUGAAAAAGCUGCGAAAUAUGCUCCAUCAUUAUCUUUGAAGGUAAAGAUCUGGGCACUUCUGGACAAGAUUGAGAAAGAAUUAGGAUUCCACACUCGAACUCGUGUCAUGGAGUUACAGAGGGAGCUUGAAUCACAGAUAUCGCAUAAUGUAUAG